AUGCAGUCCCUGCCCGCCUCCAUCACCCUGGGGGGGCCACCAGGUCCCGCAGCCCCCGUCCCAGCGGGCUGCGCAGGGGCAGAGAGCUCCAGGGGGCUCGGUUUACGGUGCACUCAGCUUGCCGAAUCCUGCCUCAACGGGGGCAAGUGUGAAACUUUUCUCAACGGGACGGAGGUGUGCCAACGCCAGGAUGGCUUCGCGAGCAAAACCUGCCAGCAGGCCGACCCCUGUGCCUCCAACCCCUGCGCCAACGGGGGUCAGUGCGUCCCCUUCGAAGCCCACUACAUCUGCCGGUGCACCGCCGGCUUCCACGGGGCCAACUGCAAGCAGGACGUGAACGAGUGCAACAUCUCGCCGUCCGUCUGCAAGAACGGCGGGAGCUGCACCAACGAGGUGGGCACCUACCAGUGCUCCUGCAAGCCGGCAUACACCGGGCAGAACUGCGAGCACCUCUACGUGCCCUGCAACCCCUCGCCCUGCCAGAACGGGGGGACGUGCCGCCAGAUCGGAGACACCACCUACGACUGCACGUGCCUGCCAGGGUUCACGGGUCAGAACUGUGAGGAGAACAUCAAUGACUGUCCAGGCAACAACUGCAAGAAUGGGGGCACCUGCGUGGACGGUGUCAACACCUACAACUGCCAGUGCCCACCCGAGUGGACAGGUCAGUACUGCACCGAGGACGUGGACGAGUGCCAGCUGAUGCCCAACGCCUGCCAGAAUGGGGGUACCUGCCACAACAACCACGGUGGCUACAACUGUGUCUGCGUCAACGGCUGGACGGGCGAGGACUGCAGCGAGAACAUCGAUGACUGUGCUAUGGCCGCCUGCUUCCACGGGGCCACCUGCCACGACCGGGUGGCCUCCUUCUACUGCGAGUGCCCCCACGGCCGCACAGGUUUGCUGUGCCACCUUGAUGACGCCUGCAUCAGCAACCCCUGCAACGAGGGCUCCAACUGCGACACCAACCCCGUCAACGGCAAAGCCAUCUGCACAUGUCCUUCGGGGUACAUGGGACCAGCCUGCAACCAGGACGUGGACGAGUGCUCGCUGGGAGCCAACCCUUGCGAGCACGCAGGGAAAUGCAUCAACACCCAAGGGUCCUUCCAGUGCCAGUGUCUGCAGGGCUACUCGGGCCCUCGCUGCGAGAUUGAUGUCAACGAGUGCCUCUCCAACCCCUGCCAGAACGAUGCCACCUGCCUGGACCAGAUCGGGGAGUUCCAGUGCAUCUGCAUGCCCGGUUAUGAGGGGGUUUACUGCGAGAUCAACACGGAUGAGUGUGCCAGCAGCCCCUGCCUGCACAACGGCAACUGCCUCGACAAAAUCAACGAGUUCCACUGCGAGUGCCCCACCGGCUUCAACGGGCACCUGUGCCAGUUCGACAUCGACGAGUGCGCCAGCACCCCCUGCAAGAACGGCGCCAAGUGCGUGGACGGCCCCAACACCUACAGCUGCGAGUGCACCGAAGGUUUCUCGGGUGCUCACUGCGAGAUCGACAUCGACGAGUGCGACCCCGACCCGUGCCACUACGGGACCUGCAAGGACAGCAUCGCCGCCUUCACCUGCCUCUGCCAACCUGGCUACACAGGCCACCGCUGCGACAUCAACAUCAACGAGUGCCAGAGCCAGCCCUGUCGCAUGUGCAACAUCAACAUCGACGAGUGCUCCAGCAACCCCUGCCACAACGGGGGCACGUGCAAGGACGGCAUCAACGGCUUCACCUGCCUCUGCCCGGAGGGCUUCCAUGACCCCAAGUGCCUGUCCGAAGUGAACGAGUGCAACAGCAACCCCUGCAUCCACGGGAAAUGCCACGACGGGCUGAACGGCUACAGGUGUGACUGCGACCCAGGCUGGAGUGGGACAAACUGCGACAUUAACAAUAACGAGUGUGAAUCCAAUCCCUGCAUGAAUGGUGGCACUUGCAAGGACAUGACCAGUGGCUACAUCUGCACCUGCAGGGAGGGCUUCAGCGGACCCAACUGCCAAACCAAUAUCAAUGAGUGUGCUUCCAACCCCUGCCUGAACCAAGGCACGUGCAUCGACGAUGUCGCUGGCUACACCUGCAACUGUCUCCUGCCCUAUACAGGAGCCACCUGCGAGGACGUGCUGGCCCCCUGCGCUGGCAGCCCCUGCAAGAACGGCGGCGAGUGCCGGGAGUCGGAAGACUACGAGAGCUUCUCCUGCAGUUGCCCCUCUGGUUGGCAAGGUCAGACCUGCGAGAUCGACAUCAACGAGUGCGUGAAGAGCCCCUGCCGCAACGGGGCCACGUGCCAGAACACCAAUGGGAGCUACCGCUGCGCCUGCAGAACCGGCUUCACCGGCCGCAACUGCGACACCGACAUCGACGACUGCAAGCCCAAUCCAUGCCACAAUGGUGGCUCCUGCUCCGACGGCGUCGGCACGUUCUUCUGCGAGUGCCUGGCUGGUUUCCGUGGGCCCAAGUGCGAGGAGGACAUCAACGAGUGCGCCAGCAACCCCUGCAAGAACGGCGCCAACUGCACCGACUGCGUCAACAGCUACACCUGCACCUGCCCCUCCGGCUUCAGCGGCAUCCACUGCGAGAACAACACGCCUGACUGCACGGAGAGCUCCUGCUUCAACGGUGGGACCUGCGUGGAUGGCAUCAACACCUUCACCUGCGUCUGUCCACCUGGCUUCACGGGCAGCUACUGCGAGCAUGACAUUAACGAGUGCGACUCCAAGCCAUGCCUGAACGGGGGCACGUGUCAGGACAGCUACGGGACGUACAAGUGCACUUGUCCCCAGGGAUACACCGGCCUCAACUGCCAGAACCUGGUGCGUUGGUGCGACUCCUCUCCCUGCAAAAACGGAGGCAAGUGCUGGCAGACCAACAACCUCUACCGCUGCGAGUGCAACAGCGGAUGGACAGGGCUCUACUGUGAUGUCCCCAGUGUCUCCUGCGAGGUGGCUGCUAAGCAGCAAGGUAUCGAUGUAGCACAUCUCUGCAGAAAUUCGGGGCUCUGUGUGGACACGGGCAACACUCACUUCUGCCGCUGCCAGGCCGGCUACACCGGCAGCUACUGCGAGGAGCAGGUGGAUGAGUGCUCCCCCAACCCCUGCCAGAACGGGGCCACCUGCACAGACUACCUGGGAGGUUACUCCUGCGAGUGUGUGGCUGGUUAUCAUGGAGUUAACUGCUCCGAGGAGAUCAAUGAGUGCUUGUCCCACCCAUGCCAGAAUGGAGGAACCUGCAUCGAUCUCAUCAAUACCUACAAAUGCUCCUGCCCCAGAGGAACUCAAGGGGUGCACUGUGAGAUCAAUGUGGAUGACUGCAGCCCUUUCUUUGAUCCUGUCACCCUGGGGCCCAAGUGCUUUAACAAUGGCAAGUGCACGGAUCGGGUAGGUGGCUACAGCUGCAUCUGCCCCCCUGGCUUUGUAGGGGAGCGCUGCGAGGGAGACGUCAACGAGUGCCUGUCCAACCCCUGCGACGCCCGCGGCACCCAGAACUGCGUGCAGCGGGUCAAUGACUACAAAUGCGAGUGCCGACCUGGCUACGCAGGCCGUCGCUGCGACACCGUGGUGGACGGCUGUAAAGGCAAACCCUGCAGGAACGGUGGAACGUGCGCGGUUGCCAGCAACACCGGCCGUGGCUUCAUCUGCAAAUGCCCCCCGGGCUUCGUGGGUGCCACCUGCGAGAACGACUCCCGCACCUGUGGGAACCUCCACUGCCUGAAUGGUGGCACCUGUAUCUCCAUCCACAAGAGCUCCAAGUGCAUGUGCACGCCGGCCUUCACGGGUCCCGAGUGCCAGUACCCGGCCAGCAGCCCCUGCACAUCCAACCCCUGCUACAACGGGGGCACCUGCGAGUUCUUCAGCGAUGCCUCCCCCUACUACCGGUGCAACUGCCCGGCCAACUUCAACGGCCUCAACUGCCACAUCCUUGACUUUGAUUUCCAAGGUGGGAUCGGGCAGGAUAUCAUCCCACCCAAAAUUGAGGAGAAGUGCGAGAUUGCGGUUUGCGCGGGGUAUGCCGGCAACAAGAUCUGCGAUGCGAAAUGCAACAACCAUGCCUGCGGCUGGGACGGGGGCGACUGCUCCCUCAAUUUCAACGACCCCUGGAAGAACUGCUCCCAGUCGCUGCAGUGCUGGAAGUACUUCAACGAUGGCAAGUGCGACUCUCAGUGCAAUAACGCUGGCUGCCUGUACGAUGGAUUUGACUGCCAGAAAUACGAAGGGCAGUGCAAUCCUCUGUAUGAUCAGUACUGCAAGGAUCACUUCUCAGAUGGUCACUGUGACCAGGGCUGCAAUAAUUUUGAGUGCGAAUGGGAUGGUCUGGACUGUGCAAACAACAUGCCGGAGAAGCUUGCAGACGGCACGCUGGUGGUGGUGGUCCUCAUCACUCCCGAGAACCUGAAGAACAACUCUUUCAACUUCCUGCGGGAGCUGAGCCGCGUGCUGCACACCAACGUGGUCUUCAAGAAGAACCCCAAGGGAGAGUAUAUGAUCUUUCCAUACUAUGGCAAUGAGGAGGAGCUGAAAAAGCAUUACAUCAAGAGGUCAACAGAGGACUGGUCAGAUAUGCCUAGUGCUGUCAUCAACAAAGUCAAGAGCAGCCUGUACUCCAGGGCUGGCCGAAGGCAGAAGAGAGAGCUCGAUCAGAUGGAUAUCAGAGGAUCCAUCGUCUACUUGGAAAUUGAUAACCGCCAGUGCAUCCAGUCAUCUUCCCAGUGCUUCCAGAGCGCAACCGAUGUGGCAGCGUUCCUGGGUGCCUUGGCCUCCCUCGGCAACCUGAACAUACCCUACAAAAUAGAAGCCGUUAAAAGUGAAACAGCUGAGCCCGCGAAGAACUCCCAGCUGUAUCCUAUGUACGUGGUGGUGGCUGCGCUGGUCUUGCUUGCUUUCAUUGGAGUGGGAGUACUGGUGUCUCGUAAGCGGCGCAGGGAGCAUGGGCAGCUUUGGUUCCCAGAAGGCUUCAAAGUGACGGAGUCGAGCAAGAAGAAGCGACGAGAACCACUUGGGGAGGAUUCUGUUGGACUGAAACCCCUCAAAAAUGCUUCAGACGGCACGCUGAUGGAUGACAACCAAAAUGAGUGGGGUGAUGAGGAGACCUUGGACACCAAGAAGUUCAGGUUCGAGGAGCAGGCGAUGCUGCCCGACACGGACGAUCAGACGGAUCACAGGCAGUGGACUCAGCAGCACCUGGAUGCCGCCGACCUGCGCAUAUCCUCCAUGGCACCUACUCCGCCGCAGGGGGAGAUCGAUGCAGACUGUAUGGAUGUCAACGUCAGAGGUCCCGACGGCUUCACCCCACUCAUGAUCGCCUCGUGCAGCGGAGGAGGGCUGGAGACCGGCAAUAGCGAAGAGGAAGACGAUGCUCCCGCCGUCAUCUCGGAUUUCAUUUACCAAGGCGCCAGCUUACACAACCAGACUGACCGCACCGGCGAGACGGCGCUUCACCUGGCUGCCAGGUACUCCCGCUCGGACGCUGCCAAGCGCCUGCUGGAAGCCAGUGCCGAUGCAAACAUCCAGGAUAACAUGGGCAGGACACCCCUCCACGCCGCCGUCUCUGCCGAUGCCCAAGGAGUCUUCCAGAUCCUGAUUAGGAACAGGGCGACCGAUCUCGACGCCCGAAUGCAUGACGGGACCACUCCUCUGAUCUUGGCCGCUCGCUUGGCUGUGGAGGGCAUGCUGGACGAUCUCAUCAACUGCCACGCAGACGUCAAUGCCGUGGAUGAUCUAGGCAAAUCGGCACUGCACUGGGCAGCUGCUGUGAAUAACGUUGAAGCUGCGGUAGUCCUCCUGAAGAAUGGUGCCAAUAAGGAUAUGCAGAACAAUAAGGAGGAGACCCCACUGUUCCUCGCAGCCAGAGAAGGGAGCUAUGAAACUGCCAAAGUCCUGCUGGACCAUUUUGCCAACCGCGACAUCACGGACCACAUGGACCGGCUCCCGCGGGACAUCGCCCAGGAGCGCAUGCACCACGACAUCGUGAGGCUGCUGGACGAGUACAACCUGGUGCGGAGCCCACCGCUGCACAACGGCCCGCUGGGGGCACCCACGCUGUCCCCACCGCUCUGCUCUCCCAACAGCUACAUCGGCAACCUCAAACCUGCCGUCCAGGGCAAGAAGGCCAGGAAGCCGAGUACCAAGGGCCUGAGCUGCAACGGCAAGGACGCCAAAGACCUCAAAGCCCGGAGGAAAAAAUCACAAGAUGGAAAAGGAUGUCUGCUUGACAACUCCAGCGUGUUGUCUCCAGUGGACUCCCUGGAGUCGCCCCAUGGGUACCUGUCAGAUGUCGCCUCUCCUCCGCUGAUGACCUCUCCGUUUCAGCAGUCCCCUUCCAUGCCUCUGAAUCAUCUGCCGGGCAUGCCCGAUGCCCACAUGAGCAUCAACCACCUCAACAUGGCGGGGAAGCAGGAUAUGGCCAUGGGAAACUCCAGCAGGAUGGCCUUCGAUUCGGUGCCGCCGCGUCUCUCUCACCUCCCCGUCUCCAGCCCCAGCACAGUGAUGAGCAAUGCCCCGAUGAAUUUCUCUGUCGGCGGAGCGGCCGGUCUGAACGGGCAGUGCGACUGGCUCACCAGGCUGCAGAACGGCAUGGUCCAGAAUCAGUACAACCCCAUGAGAGGCAACAUGCAACCAGGGGCGCAUCAGCAGACGCAAAACCUUCAACAUGGCAUGAUGACCUCCCUGCACAACGGCUUGCCCACCACAAGCUUGUCGCAGAUGAUGAGCUACCAGGCCAUGCCCAGCACCCGGCUGGCGUCCAGAAUCCCAACACUUCUGCAGUUCUGGUAUACAAAAACUCCCUAUCCAAAGGCAUGCACCAUCCCCAUCCGUACACAUGAACAAGCAUACACAAAGGCUUUCAAAUUUAGCAGCCUGCCAGCUGGGUUGACAGAAGUAACAUAUUUAUGCUGUUAAACUCUGAAACCACGAUCUUGAAAGUUACACAGACCGGUGAGCAGCAGUACCAUGGCGGUCCACACGAUCCUGCCGCAAGAUUCCCAGAUGCUGCCCACGUCUCUGCCAUCCUCCCUCGCCCAGCCCAUGACCACCACGCAGUUUCUAACUCCACCUUCCCAGCACAGUUAUUCCUCCCCCUUGGACAACACCCCCAGCCACCAGCUCCAGGUGCCCGACCACCCUUUCCUAACGCCGUCUCCGGAGUCGCCGGACCAGUGGUCCAGCUCGUCCCCUCACUCCAACGUGUCCGACUGGUCUGAGGGCAUCUCCAGCCCUCCCACCAGUAUGCAGUCACAGCUGGGACACAUCCCCGAAGCCUUCAAGUAA